AUAUUGAAGAUAAACAUGUCGGAAAAGAAAGAGGAUGAACCUGGACCAUCAACAAGCAAGAGUAAAUUCAGUCGUCUCCAGCGGUUUAGGGACUUGGAAUUAAAGAUGAAUGAAGCGAGGAAGUUAAAUCACCAGGAAGUGGUGGAGGAAGACAAGAGGAACAAACUGCCGGCCAACUUUGAACAGAAACGAAAAAGAGUGGAGUGGGAGGAGGAACAAGAGAAAAAGAGAAAGGAAGCUGAAGAGGCGGGCGAGGAAUAUGACAGGGUGAAGUUACUGGAGGUCGGAGCUGAUGAAGCAGAGAGGUGGGAACGAAAGAAGAAAAAGAAAAAUCCUGAUCAGGGAUUCUCAGACUAUGAAUCUGCCACAUUUCGUCAAUAUCAGAGAUUAACAAAGGAAAUGAAACCAGACAUGAAUCAAUACAAGGAGCAGAGAGAAAAAGCAGGUGAAGAUUUUUAUGCCACACGUAAUACACUGGGACUAAAUCAAUGGAAGGACAAACCUGAGAAUGUUGAUAGAAUGGUAGAGGAUCUAGAAAAACAGAUAAAAAAGAGAGAAAAAUACAGUCGUCGCAGAACAUUUGAUGAAGAUGCUGACAUUGACUAUAUUAAUGAACGUAAUAUGAAAUUCAACAAGAAAUUGGAACGUUUCUAUGGAACAUACACAGCAGAAAUUAAACAGAACUUAGAGAGAGGAACAGCUGUGUAGCCAAAUAUCAAAUUUUAUAUAUAAAGAUGAUGAUGAGUUUCUUCCCUUGCUGGGUUUCAAUGGUUAUCAUGAUUCGGUAUAUUUUGUAUUUAUAUGUAUUUUAGCUGAUUCUCUCUGACUUUAUGUUAGGCUGGUAUCUUACAAUUAGAAAAUCACUGUUCUUUUCAUACUGAGUUAACCCAUUAUGUCAUAUUUUUUCUGAGGAAAGGUCAUUGCCAUAAUGCAUUGUAUUUCUUCCCCCCCCCCUUUUUUUUUGCGUGUAAAUAAUGUUUUUCAUCCAUGAUUUUCUGACAUUAAAAAAAAAAUCAGAUUUAUUUCUUUUUUUAAAUUUCAAUGUAUCAAGUUUCAUUCUAAGAGGAACAUAUAUAAAAUGCAUCUAUGUAAAAGGGUCUUUUUUUUUAAGAUCACAUUCUAUCUGUCUAAUUUUUUCAAGUAAUUAGAAGUACAGUGCAUUAACUGAUUUUCAUAUUUCGGUAAAUGACGGUUAGAUGAAUGACUUGCUGCAUAUUAAAAGAACAUUUUCAUAGGAUUUGCUCUUUCACAUAUGGACUUUGUUUUAAACAAGUUCUGAUUUUUAAAUACAUUUGAUAAAAUUAAAUGAAAUAGGAUGAAAGAUAAUAAUUAAAUCACUUGUUAAGAAAUACCAUAAUAUAGCUAGAUCUAUAUUUCACAUCAGGAAAACUGAAGAAAUUCCUUAUCCUUGAUACAGACAUCCUACAAAAUUUAAAUGGGGUAAAAGUUAACAAGAGUUACUUAUAGAAAGCUUAAUAGAGGUAUCUUUAAGAAGUUCUGUUAUAAAAAUAAGGACAUUACUUGUAACACCACAGGAGUUGGCAUACCUAUCAAUUUUACCGAAAUUUUCAGUAAACCUAAAAAAAAAAAAUACAAAAUACUAUAAUAAUAAC